UUUUCUACAAAUUGAAGAGAUUUCCCAAUAUAUUCAUCCAUCUUUAUGAGACUGGCGGCGACUGUUCCCACGGACGAUCUGCUGCAGCACCCGAGUGCCGAUGUGAGAGAAUUUGCUUGUGCCAGCAUUUCCAAAGUCCUGCAGCAGAAGCAGACAAUCCCGGCUUUUGUCCAAAGAGAUGUUGUCCGAUGUUUGGGGCCCAUGCUGCUUGAUCAGAGACUGGCGGUUCGAGAGACGGCCGCGGGAGCUCUUCGCAAUCUCAGUGCCUGCGGAGGAUUUGACGUUUGCGACGACAUGGUGACGAAAGACGUCAUGACACCCCUUGUAGCCCUUCUGAAGGAGUGCCAGGCAGGGCUGGAGGAGAGCAACGAGUCUGUGAAGGAGACCAAAGAGACAAACAAGAAUUACACUGAAGACAUAGCCAACGAGGCCGUGAACCUGUUGUGGAAUGUCUGCGAAUGCAACAGCACGGCCGUCUCCAUAUUCAACAGAGAAGGGUGCUUGGCGCUGGUGCUCCAGUUUUUAAAGAGAUUUCACACCAACGUGGACCUGGCUAUCGCAGUGGCAUCUUGCUUGCAGGCCGUAACGGAAGAUAACCCGGAUCUGCUUUCGUCCUUCGAUGCGUCCACACACCAAGUGCUGGAAACGGUCAUGGUGUCGUCGGACAAAACCAUGGAGCACGUUCUUCUACGGACGCUGGUGGCAGGAGUACUUUGGAAUAUAAAGAGCACCCUGCCCUCUGGGAGCCAAGCAAGCACCGUGAAUGCUAUCCUGAAGACCCUCUCGGAAUGCUUAGCAGUGGACGCCGGUGAGGUGGUCAUUCGGAUGAAGGAAGAGGAAACGGAACGGUUGAAAACUGUGGAGGAUCUGGGAACGGAGGAGAACGGGAGCAGCUUGGCAGUAAAUGAGGAUGAAGAGAUGGAAGAAACGCCCAAAAAACCCACUAAAGGGAAAACCGACGUUUCAGAUCUGCUUCCAAGCAGUAAGCAGGAGCUGAAACAGGUAACUGCUUUACUCCUGGCUCAACAGACGGCUCUGGAAAUCAUUGUGAAUAUGUGCUGCAAUGAAGAGCCUUCCGAUGAUGAGUGGGAAGAGCUGUCCAGUAGUGACGAAAGCGAUGCCUUCUUAGAAAAUUCCUACGAGGAAGGCGGGAAGUUGAUGUCACCUCUUUGCCUUUCUGCUGAGGUCCAUACGGCUCUCAUGAACCACCUGGUUCCAAAGAAGAUACUCGGAAAAACAGCUUUCCCCAACAGCGCUGCUGUCGACAUCUGUGCACGCAGUCCGGCUUGGAAGCCGCUUAUUAAAAAGCUGAACAUGGUGCAAUACAGGGCUCUGACCUGCCUCCACAGCAUCUUGUUGGUGUCGGAUGUGGAUUGUCUCGGCGGCGCUUCGGUCCUCCAGUCACUGGCGCAGCACCUGUCUCAGCUGAUUUUCUCCCAGCCAGAGUUUUCGAAGCAAACGGAAUUUCUGGAAGCCGUCACCAGCGCUUUGCGGGCUCUCUUGCAAAUGAUGGCAUCCAAUAAUAUAUCUCAGUGCACCACUCCUGAGCAACUGAUGACUCUGUGCGAAGCUGGUAUUCAGAGCGACAACGUCGGCGUUCGGGUCAACGUCGUCAGCAUUCUGGGCAUUGCUGGCAGUGUGCUGUCGAAACUGGAAGACACCGUGGAAACACUAAAGAUGAUUGGGAAAUUCCUCCUUGAAGUUGCAACGAAAGACCUUUCUCUGGUGGUUGCGGGAGAAGCGCUGGAUGCCCUUUUUGACGUCUUUGCCGACGGGAAAGAAGCGGAGAGGGCGGCGGAGCAAAUUAAACUGCUUUCGGCACUUAAGGAAUUCCAGCCGGUUUUCAGAUUGCGAAUGCGGAAAGAAGGGAAAGGACAGUACAGCACUGACCAGUUGUGUGUGCUGGACAACGUGAAGCUGAAUUUAAGAAGAUUUAUUGCCUAUCUAGAGAAUCUGGAGAGGAAAUAGUAACAUAGAAUUCUAUUUAGAGAAACUCUGUAAAGCUAUAUUUUUAUUAUUGUUUGUUAAAUACUGUAGUUUGAAGCGUAGCAACUUGUAGUAGCUGGGAGGGAAAAGAGUUUGCUUUUGAUGUUGCAUUUUUUAGAAUUAUUUCGGGGAAGGAGGUUGAUGCAAUAAUAAAUUGAGAUUCGGAGUAUGCAGUUGCCACAUCAUUUGAUGAAAUGUUAGCGUCUGCCAGAAUGUGGCCUUAAAUCAGGUCUAGAAGAACCUCCUGCAUUGCAACCUUUUGGUUUCUUAAAGAGUCAGAAUCAAACUCUCUAGGACUGUUUUGCCUGGAAUAAAAUCAGUAUGAGUUCCCUGGAUGUCAGCACUUCUAUUUCUAAGUGACCGGGUGCUUAGGAUUUUUCCAGUUCUGUUUUUGAAGUCCUGGGGUAGAUACAAAGUUCUCAGUCUACUAAUUGUGGUUAGCAAACUGGGAUAAUCUCAAACACUCAUGUACUCCUCCCUACUUACCCCUUCCCUUUUCAGAGGUAAUCAGGCUGCAGUUAAGGUCCGUUUGAUGCUAGCAUUAGCCAUGGUUAACUCACACCAGAGUUUGCAGUGAUGGUCAGAACGGAGUUUGCUGACUCUGGUUUAGCCUAACCAUAGUUAAUGUCAAUAGAGCACUAUACCAUGACUCGCUUCAAAAAGGAAAGGUACACUCCUAGUUUCCCAACCGUGGUUAGAAUCUAUUAAUAAAAUCCAUCGAUU